AUGAUAUGAAUAUUCUUUCAAGUGAUGAUAUAGCUAAAACUUUUAAGCAAUCACAGAAAAAAAUCGUUAAAAUUCGAGAAGAUGUAUUAUUACUCUUUGGCUUUAAAACCAGAGCUAAAAGAAUACCAGAUCUUAAUACUACAAUAAAAUUUAUUAAUGCAAUAUUGAGUAAUUGGUACGGUUAUACUAUCAGAAGUAGUACAACUCAUAUAGGUUCAAGAACUAAUAGAGUAUGGAAGAAAACUUAUUGGAUUUAUCGCAAACUAUAUAGUAGAGAUAGUUUUGUAACUCAAGAAGAAAUAACAGCUAUAAAGGUAAAUAAUUCUAAAUAUUUUCCUAUAAAUCCAAUUUUUCUAUUAUAUAAACCAGAAUUGAUUGAUGAAACUCAGGAUCUUUUCGAUUCUAUACCUAUUACUAAUAAUAUUACUUCAGAAUGUACAAAGUAUGAAGUUUCUGACUUAUCUAAUAAUGAGAUUGAUGAAAAAGAUUUAUUCUUAGAAAUGCCAGCUCAAUAUGAUGCAGAACAUAGAAAGAAUUCUUCUCAAGAAAUAUACUACAUUGAUAUUACUACUUUUGAAGCCAAUACAUAUGAGAAAGAAAUAUCUGAUUUUUUAAUUUCUUUAUAUUCAGAGUUUCUCAUUAAAAUGAAUCUGAUGUGGAUAUACUUAUCUUCUAUCUACAACAAAAAUUUCAAAUGUCUUAAGAAAAGUUAG